UGAUAGCAGGCGGUUGAUUGACCACAUAGAACAGAAGCCAUAGACCCAUCCGAAGCCGAUAUAUCACACCUUUCGCCGUGUGUGCCACGAGUUUCGCAGGUCGAAGGUCAUCCAGGCCCUACCUGCUUUGCGGGUUCGAUAGUUGUUUUAAUGCGCCUACAUGCGCCUACAAGUGGGGCCAUGGAUGUUUUUGUUGCGGUUGCGUUGGCCGUUCAUUUUUGCAAGUAGAGGAUGGGGAGGGAAGAGGAGGCUGGAAUCAGUGAAGGCAUCGAAUCAGUGAAGCGACCCGGAGGAGAAUCUCCGUGUUUGAAAGGUGAGCAGAUGGGCAUCCUGAACGCCCCUUUGCAUCCAGACCUCUUGGAGUUGGCCAAGGUGUUCACAGCAUCAGGAUCUUGGGUUUCGGGCCGUUUGGUGUGCCUAAGUCAUCCAAAAAGGAACAGAUAGACUGCCUGGAGCCCCAUGUUCUGUGGGCCUGCCCGCUUAGCCGCUUAGCCUAACAGGACAAACAGUUGCCCAAAGACAAGCAAAGACAAGCACCGCCAAGGAAACCAAACCCCAUGGCAUUCUUCUAUUGCCAAUUGCCAUCAUACUUGGAAUGAUUGGUGAGAGCGAUCGCGGUUUCCAGGUGAUUUGGCUCCGGCGAGAGGUCUUGCUGGAUGGCACGGGGUGCCCUGCAGCAGUGGUGAUUGCGGCUGUGAUGUUCAUGCUCCAUGACAUCAAGUUUGCCUUUGCCUCCAGAAACAACCUGGAGCACGAAGGGCUCUUCCACCGCCUGUCCCGAUUGCAGAAGGAGAUGCUGCUGGGGAUGGGAUUGAGCCAUCAGACUGAUGGCUCAUGGCCGUUCUCGGAGGCUGCACGAGCGUACACCGAAAUUGUACAAUGGCUCAACGAGCGGGUUGCUGCGUCCAGGCCGCAGUGGGACCCAGAGCCAGUGGACACCAGUGAUGAAGCACAUACUCAGGCUUUGGAAGACGUGAGCGUGAUCUUGGAAGAGGAAGGCUUGGACUGGUUUCCCUACAGUGGCACCUUGAUCGCCCUGCUCCGCCACGGCCUCCGCUCCGGCCACCUGGAUGCGGUGCGCGACGUCGUGGACCACGACGUGGACGUCCUGGUGGGGGUCACCUCUGCCGAGGCUUGGCAAACGGUACGCUGGAAUAUCCUCCACAAGCUGGAGCAACGUGGCUGGGACAACUGCUUUUCUCGCACUUCGGUGGAUGCUCCAAGUGGAGACCCGAAGGCCGCACUGGCUCGGGAAGACCUGUUGCUUUGCACCAGGACGAAUCCAAGAAUCUCACUGGACAUGGGUAGCUACAUUCUUGGAGAUCGAAGCAUCUAUGUCCAGCGCUACUGCGUUGGGGAUGUCAUGGGGCAGGACUGGGGCUGCUACAUCCCCCGCCUAGGCACCCUCCGCACGCGCGGCGGCCGCCUGCCGCGCGCCGCGAUCUACCCGCUCCAGCGCUGCAAGUGUGGCAGCUUCUCGGUGCCGUGCCCGGCCCGGCCACUGGAGGUGCUGAAAGCGACCAUGCCGGGUUGGAACUUCAGCGAGCACUGCCUGCCCCUGCCAGACAUCGCCCAGCGACGGGCCCGGCGCGAUGGGAGCGAGGCGGAUCAGGCGGAUGAGGAGGAUUCGUGGGUGGCGGAGGGGCUCACUGCUGAGGAUGUCCAAGUCUUGAGAGACAGAGCGGUGGAGCUGGAGAAGGCUGGCUAUAUGUCAAUGCUGCCGUACUUCAGCACCUGCGAUGCAACUUCUGUAGAGAAAAAGGUUGGAUAUCCCGGAUAUUGUCAGGAUGGGUGCGACAGGUUUUCUGGCUAAUAGUUUUCUUUGCGAUGGUUUUGGCUCGACCAAAGGUUGAGCCAUGAGGACCUGCUGGGCGGUACCAUGGGUUGCUCGGUCGCUUUCAUGCCAUGGUGUUCUCCUGGGGCAUGCGCUACAAGUGGACAUGGAGAGAGAGAGCUAGAGGGAGCGACAUAUUAUAUGUGUGUGUGUAUAUAUUAAUUACACACAAAGGUGGUAGGCUGCUACGAAUUGAUUGAACUGCACGGUUUAGGUUUUCUCUUUUACAAAGGUAUCCUCCGGGCAGGUGGCAUUCCGACCAUGAGUCGUGCUCAAUCUCAAGUGUGUCUCCCAGCCAGUGGAUGAAGUGUGCCAUCGUGAUGAUGACACAAAGAGCCUAUAGCAGGCGCAGGAGCCUUCUGGCAAACCGUCAACUAAAUCUUGAGCAAGCUGCAUGGCCACCAACAGCUCGUAGCGAGCAUUCACAGCCAGUCCUUUGGACAUAUUGCGGCAAACGGCCCAAGCCUACUUGCGGACUCAUUUGGGACCAGUCUCAACCUUAGCUUUCUAGUUCUUCCUUCCGUCCUUCCGUCCUUCCGUCCUUCAGUCCUUCCGUCCUUGCUUGCUUGCUUGCUUGCUUUUCCAUUCCUUGCUUUCUUUCUGUCUGUCUUUCUCUUUCUCUUUCUCUUU